AUGGACGAACCACCACAUCAUCCACUUGCAACAAGUCCUCCCAUUACUGCUGAUUACACCUUUCAUGAUACAACAUCAACACAACCUCAUCCACCAUCCACACCUCAGCCAGUAACAGAAAGUAGAGCCUUUUAUCGUGGACGUUCAAAAUCCUAUGGAUGGACCAUGGCAGGUUUACCGCCUCGUUUACCCGUUGAUUAUCAAUUUGGUGCCAUUGAUACACCCACAACACAUGCCAACCAUGUCCCUUACAAGGCACGCUCUUGGGAACCCACGCUAGAACAAGCCAUCAAGGCGAUCGUAUCCAUUAAAGCAAAUCAUGUGCGCAGCUUUGAUACUGAAACAUCAGGUGGAUAUACUGCAACGGGUUUCAUUGUCGACGCUUCUCGUGGCAUCAUCCUCACCAAUCGCCAUGUCGUUUCACCUGCUCCCAUUGUCGCUCAAGCAGUGCUGACUAAUUAUGAAGAAGUCGAUCUCAAACCAGUGUACAGAGACCCUGUUCAUGAUUUUGGAUUUAUGCAGUUUGAUCCAAGCAAGGUCAAGUUUAUGGAAUUGCACGAGAUACAACUUAGCCCUGAGCGUGCCAAAGUGGGCUUGGAUAUCCGCGUCGUUGGAAAUGAUGCAGGAGAGAAAUUGAGUAUCUUGGCUGGUACAUUAGCACGUUUGGAUCGUCGAGCCCCUGAAUAUGGCGUUGGCGAAUACAAUGACUUCAACACAUUCUAUUUGCAAGCUGCAUCUGGUACAAGUGGUGGAUCAUCGGGUAGUCCUGUACUUGAUAUUGAUGGCCAUGCUGUGGCGCUGAAUGCCGGUGGAGCAAGCCGUGCCUCAUCAAGCUAUUAUUUGCCUUUGGAUCGUGUGAAGCGUGCAUUGGGCUAUAUUCAACAAGGCAAGACCGUUCCACGUGGCACGUUGCAAACCGAAUUUGAAUACCUUCCUUACAAUGAGGUGCGUCGUCUUGGUCUCAAGGCACAAAUGGAGGAAAAAGUGCGUACAAGAUUCCCAGAGGAAACGGGCAUGCUCGUUGUCAAAUCACUCCUUCCCAAAGGACCCGCUGAUACCAAACUUGUUCCUGGUGAUAUCGUGAUUGGAUGUAAUGGACAUAUGGUGCCCCAUUUUAUUGCAUUGUAUCAAAUCUUGGAUGAUUCAGUGGGUGAUCAAAUCAAGUUGACGAUUUCGCGUGGCAAAAAGGUGAUGGAUGUGGAGUUGACGGUGCAGGAUUUACAUUCCAUCACACCGGAUCGCUUUGUCGAAGUGGGUGGUGGCAUUGUGCAUGAAUUAUCCUAUCAGCUGGCCAAGUCUUAUUCUCAACCAGUGGGUGGUGUUUACGUUGCUACAUCGGGUCACAUGUUGGCAAGUGCAAGUGCCUGGCGUAAGAGUAUCAUUGUCGCUGUCAAUAACAUACCCACUCCCAAUUUGGAUGCAUUCAUUGAUGCCAUGCAAACACUGCCUGAUGGUGCACGCGUACCACUAAGAUUUUAUCCAUUGCAUAAGCCAUACAAGGAUAAGGUGAUGGUCAUGAAUGUGGAUCGACACUGGCACAAGUUUCGAUUAGCAGUGAGGAAUGAUUUGACAGGCUUUUGGGAGUAUACGGAUAUGCCACCUCCACCCUUGUCACCACCGCCAUACAAACCAGCCACCGCCUCUUUACCACCUGUGGAUGCAUCAGCCAAUUCUCUCACUGCAAAGUUACUACCAUCCUUUGUUGCUAUUGAUUUCUUCUUGCCUUAUCUGGUCGAUGGAAUGAAGGCUACCCAAUUCUAUGGCCCUGGAUUUAUCGUCUCCACGGAUCCUCCUUUGAUUGUGUGUGACCGUGAUACAGUGCCUAUCAGCGUGGGUGAUAUUGAGAUCACCUUUGCCAACAGCAUCAUUAUCCCUGGCAAGCUCUUAUUCCUUCAUCCGUUCUACAACUUUGUUGUCUUGACGUAUGACCCAGCUCUGAUUGGUGAUACACCUGUGAAGCCCAUUCAAUUUGCAAAGGAGGAUGUUCAGCUAAGCCAAGGAGAUGAGGUCUACUUUACCAGCGUGGCAACCGAUAAUCAGAUUUCGACCAAGAAAGCAACCGUUAGCAGUGUAUCCAAUAUCGGCACACGAGAAUGUUCGCCACCACGAUGGCGUGCCAUGAAUGUUGAAGGCAUCAAAGUGGAUGACGCUAUCAAUUCUUCAUCGCAGGGUGGCCUUUUUACCGAUACUGAUGGAAAUGUCUAUGGACUAUGGGUCAGCUACUCGACACAAAAUGAAAAGGGAAAGGAUAUGGCAUUCAUGUCAGGUUUACCUGCAUCUUUGGUACGACCUACUCUGGAACGAUUUGUGCAGCAAUACAAGGAGGGAACAGAAAACCAACAACAUGUCGUCUUUAAAGGCUUGGAUGUGGAAAUGUGGACCAUGCGACUUGCAGCAGCACGUACACUGGGAUUGAGUGAUGAAUGGGUGCGCAAAGUUGAACAAAGUGGGAGUACACGCCAUUCCUUGCCCUACAUUAUCAAUAUUCUCGAUGAACGCAGCCCAUCCGCCAAGGCACUCAAAGUCGGCGAUGUUGUACUUAGUAUCAAUGAUCAAUUGGUAACGCGUUUGGCGGAUUUGACCAAAGUCAUUCAUGCUACGGAUGAUACAGUGGAUAUGGUGAUAUUGCGUAACGGCAAGGAGAUGGAUGUCAAGGUUCCCAUGAGCGAGUUUAGUGAUUAUGAGACUACACGUGUGAUCCAUUGGCAAGGUGCUCUUAUCCAAACGCCUUACAAGGCGGUCCUUGAACAAGUUCGCAAUGUGCCUGAUGGUGUUUAUGUAUCUUGUACGCUUUAUGGUUCUCCUGCCUCCAAUGUAUUACGACCUGGUGUUUGGAUUGUGGAAGUGAAUGGCCAACCUGUGCACGACCUUGAUUCGUUUUUAAAGGUGGUUCAUGCGCAUGAAACUGAAAUGCUCCGACGUCGACGUCCUUCCUAUGUACCCCCAGUGCAACGCAAGAACGCUCCAUUGGUAGAUGAUGGCAAAAACAUGACACUGGAGCAAAUGGUGCAAGAGAAUGAAGAUGAUGAAGAUGAUGAUAAUGACGAAGGCUACAUUCGCAUCAAGACCAUCAGUCGCAAUGAAACGGUCCGGGUGGCGGCACUUAAAUUAGACUUGCAUUAUUGGGAUACUUGGCAGCUUGUCAAGGAUGAUGCCUCCAUUUGUGGUUGGAAAUGCAUUGAAGCAUAG